UUGACCAGCUUCCUCCAUCACCUCCGACUUCAUCACUCAGCCACCUUCUUCCACACCGCGUUGCGCCGUUUGCGCCUCACCAACCGUCAGGAUGCUGAAGAUAUGGAGCAUGAAGCAGCAGCAGCAAAAGAAUGAGGCAGCAGCAGGACAAACGAAGAAGAAGAAGGUGACAGCCGCUCAACUGCGAGUACAGAAGGAUCUCUCCGAACUCUCCCUCGGCAGCACCAUGAAAACCCACUUCCCCAACCCCGACGACAUCCUCAACUUCACCCUCACCCUGACCCCAGACGAAGGCCUCUACAAAUCCGGAACCUUCACCUUCUCCUUCGUCAUCUCGCAAAACUUCCCGCACGAACCGCCUAAAGUCAAAUGCCGCGAGAAGAUCUACCACCCCAACAUCGACCUCGAAGGGAACGUGUGCCUCAAUAUCCUCCGCGAAGACUGGAAACCCGUGCUCAACCUGAACGCGGUGAUUGUGGGACUGCAAUUCCUGUUCCUGGAGCCCAACGCGAGUGAUCCGUUGAACAAGGACGCGGCGAACGAUUUGAUGAGCGAUCGCGAUCGGUUCAAGAGGAAUGUGAGGAGUGCGAUGGCGGGUGGGAGUGUCAAGGCGGAGAGCUUUGACCGGGUCAUGAAGUAG